AUGCAUAAUAUGAAUGGCAAUGGCGUAUCAGGCGAUGAAGUCAUUGCAAAGCUGCUUGAAAUGGGAUUCGAGAAUUCCAGUGUAGUAGAAGCUGUGAAAGAAGUUGGGCCGUCUUUUGAUGUUGCAUUGGAGUUUAUACUGAAUGGUUGUUGUAGAAGCAAUCAGAGAGCAUCUAGUAGUUCCACUAGCAAGGCAAAGGCUCCUGGGAAAAGAGCUUUGCCCUCCUCGAAACCGUUGGGACAGAUUCGGCAGUCUAGCAUACUGGAUCAUUUCCAAUCCUCAAGUGCACCUAAGCGGAGGAAGACUGAUGUGGUACCUGAUGUACCAGUUUUCGGGUCAGAAAGUGUACAUGGUUCUGUAGACCAAUGUGUGGAGGUUUUAUCAGAAUUGCCUUCGGUUGGUUGCCUGGACAUUGGUUCAGAUUGGGAGAAGAAAGCUGAGAGUCUCUUGCAAAAGCAUUUUGGUUUUUUUUCAUUAAAACCUUUCCAGAAGGAGGUGUUAGCUGCUUGGUUGGCUCACAAAGAUACACUUGUUCUUGCGGCAACAGGAUCUGGUAAAUCUCUGUGUUUCCAGAUUCCAGCAUUGUUGACUGGGAAGGUAGUUGUUGUGAUUUCACCAUUAAUAAGCUUGAUGCACGAUCAGUGCUUAAGGCUGGCAAAACAUGGGGUUUCUGCUUGCUUCCUUGGAUCUGGGCAACCUGACAGUACCGUGGAAAAUAAAGCAAUGAAAGGCGUGUACAACAUAAUAUAUGUUUGCCCCGAGACAAUCUUAAGGCUGAUAAAACCACUCCAGAAUUUGGUAGAAAUCCGUGGGAUUGCUCUUUUUGCAAUUGAUGAAGUCCAUUGUGUUUCGAAGUGGGGCCAUGAUUUUCGGCCUGACUACAGGAGAUUGUCUGAGUUGCGAAAGAACUUCAGUGCUAGCAAUUUAAAAUUCUUAGACUUCGAUAUACCACUGAUGGCAUUGACUGCUACUGCAACAAUUCAGGUUCGUGAAGACAUUCUUAAUUCAUUGUCCAUGUCAAAGGAAACAAAAGUUGUGCUUACUUCAUUUUUCCGGCCAAAUCUAAGAUUCAGGGUACAGCAUAGUAAAACAUCAACAUCAUCAUAUGAGAAUGAUUUCCUUGACCUGAUAGACAUGUAUAUGGACAAGAGAGGAAAAGGUGAAAAGAAACAAUUGAUCACCUCAGAAGAAGUAAAUGAAGUGCUGGACAGCUCAUCUAACAGUAGUGUGUCAGAGGCUGAUUGCAAUUCAGAGAAUGAGUUGGACAAUAUUGAGGAUGGUAAUUAUGACAGGUUUGAUGAAGCAAAUGCACUCCAGGAAAAUGGUUCAAGUGCUUCAAAGGGAAGGGAACUGUCAGUUGACUACUUGGAGAAUGAAGUUGAUGUCUUUCAGAGUGUGGAUGAUUGGGAUGUUAGCUGUGGUGAAUUCUGUGGACUACCUCUUUGUGAGGACAUGAAUACUAGAAAAGAAACUACAUCUGAUGUACUUGAAUUACCAAAUCAACCGGAAGAAAGACUGAGAUUUCUGCAGCAGCCUCUAGAGAAAGGAUCAACUAUCAUAUAUGUUCCUACAAGAAAACAAACGUUGAAAAUUGCAACUUAUCUUUGUAGGUGUGGAUUGAAGGCUGCUGCCUAUCAUGCAGGGUUGCCAAAAUCACGUUUAAGGCAGGUUCACAAGAUGUUUCAUGAAAAUACAAUAGAGGUUGUCGUGGCAACAAUUGCUUUUGGAAUGGGAAUUGACAAGUUAAAUGUCCGAAGAAUCAUUCAUUAUGGUUGGCCACAGAGUUUGGAAGCAUAUUAUCAAGAAGCAGGUCGAGCAGGAAGGGAUGGAAAGUUAGCUGACUGCAUUUUAUUUGCAAAUCUAACAAGAGCACCAUCACUUUUGCCGAGUCGAAGAAGCGAAGAGCAGACAAAGCAAGCAUAUAGAAUGUUGUCUGAUUGUUUCAGGUAUGGAAUGGCUUCCUCGUGCUGUCGGGCUAAAAAGCUUGUGGAGUACUUUGGGGAGGAUUUCAGUCAUGACAAGUGUCUCUUGUGUGAUGUCUGUGUUACCGGACCUCCAGAAAUGCAGAAUUUCAGGAAGGAGGCAGAUGUCUUAUUGCAAGUUAUUGCUGCUCAUGAUAGACAGGGCAGAUACAAGAAUAAUGAUAUCAUCAGUAAUGAUAUUAGACGUGAGAGCUAUACGGGGAGACUCAAUCUCAGAAUGAUUGUCAGUAAAAUAAGAGAGCAGUCUCAGCAGUUUAUGGCAACUCAGCUGCUUUGGUGGCAAGGUCUUCUCCGGAUUAUGGAAGGUAAAGGGUUUGUCAGAGAGGAAGAUGAUAAGACACAUGUUCAAUUGAAGUUCCCCAAGCUAACAGAACUUGGCCUGGAGUUUCUACUAUCCGAAAAGGAGAAAAGUUUCUAUGUUCACCCUGAAGCAGAUAUGCUGCUCUCGGCAAGCAUGCCCAAAUCUUUCUCUACUUUCUCAGAGUGGGGAAAAGGCUGGGCUGAUCCUGAGAUUCGAUGUCAGCGGUUGGAGAGUUUUCAACACAACAGAAGCCCACAAAGCUCCUUUGGUAAAAGAGGAAAACGAAAAUCACGAAAGCAACGAACGAGAAAGUCAAGUGCUAGUAGUCAAAGUGUUAGAACUGUUAGAGGUAGAAUAGAGGCUAAACUCUCCAAACAAAGUAUCAGACCAAGGUCAUAGAAUGAUUAA